AUGUGUCAUGUGCUUGCUAAGGUAAUGUUUCAAAACACAUACUUUCCUACUGGGUGGUAAAGUUCACUGCAAUGUUGCUCAAACAUUUAAACAACUGGAGAAAUUCACUUGAUAGACAUUAUGUUGUUAUUUUAGCUUGAUGCUUUUGACAGUCAAAGUGUCCAGGACUUCCUGCAGCAGAGGGACAUCUGUGUUAUAUGUGUCAGAAAUGUGUUAGUAAUGUAUCUGCAUAAUCGUAAGGGGCGCUGUGGAGUAGCAACUCCCACUGGGAGACAGAUGGCAGCGGCCACAGAAGAACGAGGCGUGUGCUGGCUCUGCACAUUCACCGUAGGGCCAGAUCUCAACACCUCACCCCUUUCGAUUAAUCAAGUCUGCCUUGGUUAUUUAAGGCCCCAGAUUAAUCAUGCAGGAUAACUGAGGUGAUAGAUUAGGGUUAAAGGAAAGUUGGGGGGUUUGAAAGGAAAAGGUUUAUUCAGUGGAAAGUUUGGCCCUGCAGCCAACAAUCAUCUGACCGCAGAAUUUACAUAUUCAUCAGUGGGACAAAUUCUCGCCACUCGUCAUGUGAUAUUUUGACAUGAUGAGCGGCGUCUGAUCUGCCCGACCAUAAAAAGGUGGAUAAAGGUCAGAGACCACUUAAGUUAGCCCUCUUCCCAUGUAAGAUGAGAAUGAUACUAUAGGUGCUGAUAAUACAGAGGUGUUAAUAUGUAGGAGUGCCAUUUUUAAAAUGAUUGGAAGGAAAUGAUGUAAACCUCCUUAAAUGACUUUUUUUUUAAUCCGAGGUGGCAAGAGUGUUAAUUCAUUCUGUGUGAGGCAGUGAGAGCGUGAGAGCAGAGCUCUUCAGGCCUCUUCACUGCUAAUUUAACUUCCUUAUGUGAGAGGAUAUGCAUACAUCAACACUCAACACCUCAACACUUGCAAUUGGCGGGACUGGAGGAGUAUGUGUGUGUGUGUGUAUGUGUGUAUGUGUAUCUGUGUGUGUGUGUGUGUGUGUGUGUGUGUGUGUGUGUGUGUGUGUGUGUGUGUGUGUGUGUGUGUGUGUGUGUGUGUGUGUGUGUGUGUCUGUGUGUGUAUCGGCAGAACAUUGGCACUGAAUCCAUACAAGGAGCCAUUUAAUAUAUGUCGUUUCUUUGCCAUGCUGUGUGAAUGACGGCUGAUAUAAAGAGUUAACUUUUGUUUAUGAAAACAUGUGUCAUGCCCCAUUGUGUGUCCAUAAGUGGCUCUUUUUCUGCAGGUCUAUCAGUGUAAUCACAGCUUUAGGUCUGAGUGAAUAAAGGCUGUCUUGUUCAUGAGCAGUGCAUUCCUUCUACGCUGCAAUAACAAGUCCUCGCUUUGCUAAUGAGUGUCUAAAGUGAGACAGUCUGGUGUGCUGUUAAAUGGCAGGCAGAGCUGUGAGGAUCUUAUUCUAACACUUAAAGCUGACUUGAUCUUCUGUCUUUACUCCUGCCAGCUGCUCUUUGCUCUGACAGACAUGAGCACAUUCCUUGGAAAGAAGAUUCUGGUUGAGCCAUUUAUCUGCCAAUCAAAAACCAAGGGGGUCAACAACCCCCUCCACCUCCACCACCCGGAUCGCAUGCCCUCACAGCCCCGGCUCGCCAUGCACCGUUGGGCUGCAGAUGAACCCUGCCGCAUGUGUGUUGAUGUAGGAUCAUUUGAGCAUGUCAGCACACAGUGAGUACAGCACGUCUAUAAGGGGCCACAGUUAAGUUUACACUAAUUAAUGGGCCUGAACUUUUCAAGGCAAUGCAUAGCUUUCCAGGCAGUGGGACCGAAUUCUAUAUUUAAAUCGUAGAUGCAGCAGGGUUAUUUCGAGCCGGGAACAUUACCCAACACAUUCUCAUUUUGCUGAAUCCAAAUGAAAAGUGCCACCUGAGUGCACAGAUUGGAAGACUUGGAGGGCACUUGUUUCUACCCUUCAUAGGAACAUCUGUUAAAUUUUAAAAGACUUUGAAUAUUUUUCAGCAGAAAAAUGACUCUACUGUGGCUUUUGGUUCAGUCAAUGAAUUUUCUCUGCCUUGAUUGCAGGAGUCUGUAGGAAAUGGGCUUUUAAUACAAACAUUAAUUUUUUUAGUUUUGAACAAAACCUUGAAGAUGGGGAAAAUUUAUUUUUAAUUCAAACUAAAAAGAUUAACCUGUAUACAAAUUAAUUAAUAAAUGAUACAUUUUUUGUUUUUUCUCCAUCUCCCCUGAUGGUUUGUGGUGCAAACCUGACGACCUGACAGAACUUAAUUCUUACUAUUUCCACGUGUUGUGGGAAGUAGGCAUUAGUACAUAGUACCUGAUAGACAUUUUACAUACAGAUGGAUGGAUGCAUUCAUGCUUCAAAAUUAGAUCUGCCUUUAUUUUCCCAAAUGUGCUGUCUCAUCAGGCAAGUACAAGAGACCAAGCAUUUAAUUGGGACCUACUUCAGUUUUACAGUGAGUGUUUUACAUUUUUCUUUUUAGAGACAAUUAUCAUUUUUAAAGUUUAUUAAUGUAUCAUGAUUCUCAGUUUCUAAUCUGCAGAUAUAAAAGUUAUCAGGCUAAUAUUAUAUUACACUAGAGAGCAGAGUUGGUGUUGGCACUAACAGGCUGUAAGUACAUUGGCUGAUGAAAAACAAGGAACUGCAGUUUAAAAAGUUUCUUUCUUUUUUAAUCUAAGAGCACAAAACACUUUCUAUCUUUGUCCUUGAUAACGAAGUUGUAGGGUUUUAUCAAAAUUUGAUUUAAUUCAAGACAUAUAAGGUUGUUGAACAAAUAAAGAGGAGUAAUGUUUGUUACUCAUUGUUAUGCUGCCUGUCCUGACUUACAAAACUCUUGUGAUCCCAGCGAGGUUUCCUGUCUAAUGAGUAAGUAAGAAGUCAGUUAAUGCAGUUUGCUAUCUCGCAAGGCUCUGUAUACAUACCAUGUGUCUGUACUGAAAUGAAAGGACACACAUAUGUUGAAGGGUACUGUGACAUUUCACAAUAGCAGUCUAAACUGAGCUAACACUCCUAAACAAUGUCACACCUGAUUGUUGGCUCAUCCCUGCCUGUGCUUACUGAGGCUUGUCCAGCCGCUCUCCUGGGGUUUAGUGAAGCACUGCUUCAGGGACAGGAGAGAGGAAUGGCCUGCUGAGAGGGGUGGGGUGAGCAGCAUUAUAGGGGUGCUGAAAUUUGUGCUCUCAGAAGACUUUGUCCCUCUCCCCUUCUCAGCAGGGCCCUGUUGCCACCUCCCCCCUGCCUCCCUCAGCCUGUCUUCCCUCCCUACAUGACAGAGGAGCCGCCGGAGCAGCUGGGGUUAGGGAUACUUGUCAGCAGGGUGAUCGUGUGUCCUCUGAGUCUGUCCCCUGUCUGUCCCAUAGCCACGUCGACUGACAGCCAGCAUCAGCUGAUUAUCGCCCCGGGCGCAGUAAAAGAAGCCCACUUUGGCAGUGACAGGCUUAUGACUUGCAAGACAUGCUGAUAUUGAGUAACCGGCACUUCAUCCAGGGGCUCAGGCGGUGUUACUCUAGCCUUGAGAACACACUACUGGGCAGAUAGUCUGACACAUUAGCAAUCUGUGUAAGGUUAAAGGAUCAAAUCAUAGCCACGGUCAUAAAUUGCAUCUGUUACCCGUACAAGAUGUUUAUGUGUUUGGGGGCUGUAAUUGAACUUUAUAGCUCCUUUGAUAAGCAGAGCAGAGAAAUUGCAUCCAUCUGAAUGUGAUUCUAAUCAUGUCCACAAACACAUGGCUAAUAGAUCAUUAAACUAAAAAGGUUUACUCAUCAUUAAACCGGUGCUUUGCUAUGUUUGAAUAAGUUAUAUUGCUGACCGAAGGCAAGUGUGGAAAUGAUAGUAUACGAGCAUGGCACUCUGAAAAGUUAUUUUAAUCCCUCCUGACCAGUGGUGCUUGGUGUUUGUGUAUUUUGAGAAUCUCUGAGAGGUUAACACCCCCUGUGCUCAGAAGCUCAGACAGACUACUGGUGUCUGGUAUCAAGUUGAAUUAAAGCUAUGUCAACACAUUCAGUCAGCGGGGCUUACAUUACAGAGGCCCCUCAUUCGUCUCUUAUCUGAGGCACAGACAGAGAGUCAACAUUUCACAUACACACAAACACACACUAGAUAUUCCCUGUUCUUUUUCUUCUAGAUAUAUUUUUGUGUUAAAAUUUAAAUGAGUUUGGAAAUCUUUCUAUUGUCUGCCGUGAGGACAUGUUUGCCUUGUUUACAAUGUGCAAAGAUUAGAAAGCACUGAAAGACAUUAUUUAUUGAUGGAAUCAAAUUAAAAGUCUCAUACUUGCUCUCCAGAGCUUCAGCGUGGAGUUGAAUUAUUAAGGAGGAGUUUUUGGGGUUGUGUGCUGGUUGAAGUGUUGUUCUUGAGCGGCAGACAUUGUAACCGUCCCCCCUGGCUGAGUGUGUUGUUGUGUCCCCUGCCCCGGGCCCUCACACUUCACACUAACAGUAACUGACUACCUCUGGCUUAUGCUGUUAUGUAAAGAAGGCUGGUCAAAUAGGAGAAGGGGGGCUGCUGCCUGCCCACCUGGGGAAGUCAUCGUGAAUGAGGCGACGUCGUUGUCAUCCUCAGAGGUCCCCCGUUGUUCUGCUGAUUGCCUGUGUGUGCAGCUUGUUAGGCUGCUGAAAGCAUCGUGUUUAGCCCCAGAGACGAUGGCUUGAAGGUGACAUCUGUCUGGGAGCAGGAGGGGAGAGGAGAGGAGAGGAGAGUGCUGCGCCACGCUGCUAUAAAUACGCAGCAGCCGUGACAGCUCACAGAGAAAGCAGCUGAGGAGAGGAGCUUUGCAAUGCUGCAUACCUCCUAGUGACCCUGUCACUUCCACAGAGGUCUUAAUUAUUCUGCACUGGCAGCUCCCCUCUGCUAGCUGCUCAAGCUCUGACACACAGGGGCUUGUCAGAGGAAAGGGCCACACUGUUCUCAAAAACAUACUGCACCCAUAGAACAUGUAAACAGUAGUUUGGUUUAGUGUAAAAGCGGAGCCUGUCAUUUAGGUUUUAAAUUAGGAAACCCUUGUGUUUUUCUCUCGCACACUUCUCGGCAGUUUGUCGCUGCUCAUCCUGUGAUUAUUUUGUAAUAACUCCUGAAAAAGCAAACUCAUGACCAGAAUUUGUCCACUUUUGGUUUUGCUUUCUUCAGUCGCUCCCAUACUGCUCAAUACUCUCUGUUCCCUCUCUGUUUAUUGUUUUACAAGUGUUAUUUAUGAUCACCCCUUACACCUUUUUUGUGAUCUGUCACUACAAAUGUCUUCACACAAGUGAUUCAGUUGGACAUGCAGUUUCUAAUCUUAUACUCAGGGUUGCAGUCCAUAAAACAAGUCAUAUUUUAGCAUAGUGUGAAUGACCUCUGUUACCUUGCGAAUGACGCUAGUGACUCUAACGGCUGCUGCUGGUAUGGAGGUACAUCUUUAUCACCUUUGCAGGCUUAGAGGCAACUUAUAAAUGGGGCUAGUGUUUCCACACUCAGGUUUCAGUGCGGUCAAGGUCACAGAGUAGUUCCUGUUACACAUGCACUUCACUGACACUGACAAGAAGCGUUUGGUACUCAUCUUAAUAUGAAAUAAGGAAACCGAUCGUUGUUUAAUAAUAAAGCUACUCUUAAUUAACAUCGUACCCUCCUGUAUGUCACAUGAUUUAGACGUUAUUUUUGCUGCAAUUUAAUUUCUCCCCACAUCCCUGUCAAGAUUAGUGUCUACUACUCACCCUGAAAUAAUUCCUCAUGUUGUUCCUGCCGCCAUGCCCAGCAUCCUGCCCUGACAAUGACGAAUAUUGUUGUGUUACUGUUAUCAGGGCCCAGUUGUGUACUUCUGCAGGAGUAUGUGGGUGUGUGUGUGUGUGUGUGUGAGUGUGUGUAUGUGUGUGCGGCACUAACUGGCACCAGUGGAUAGAUUACCUAAUACAGUCCAAGCACGUUAUUAGACCCCAGGGCACUGGCUAAGUCACUCUGAGUUCUGUUUCUGGCCUUUUAAUUAUUCAUCAAGGUAUUGCCUGGGAUGUAACCUCAAUUACUGCGGGCUGCGGGGCCAGGUCACGUGUUGUUAACACUGCGCUGUGAUCAGAGCCACCACAGGGAAGGUUGCCAACGGGAAGAAGUGCUCUGUGGCUUGGCACUCCACCCACCGCCACUGAUUGGCUCACAUUUAGCAGGAUGCUGGCUGCAAUGAGGGCAGGGAGGGGGGAGGGGCAUUCCUCAGAUUCCCUGUGGCCACAACGGGGACAGGAGGAUGGUGUAAAUACAGUAAAUCAAAGCUUGAUUGGUGUGAUCAGCGUGGUGUGAGCAGCAGUAUGAGGCUGAAGGAGAGAGGAGGGAGAGGAACAGCUGAAGGUUUUAAUGAGCCAAGAGGAGGGUGAGAUGUGAGCUUUUUCUCUGGGGCCCACCUGUAGUGGGCAGACAGGCUGUGCACCUGCAGUCCUGGCGCCCUCAGCACUCAGAGCAGAGGGGGAGAAGGGAACUGGCAACCCAGCAGCACUCAACAGAAGGACACAGGGAUGAGAGGCUGGUCUGAUUUGAGUGGCUGGAGGGUGCCAGAACCAAGGACUUUUUCUAUCAAAAGCUCCCUGUUCCAGUGUUUUCAUGUUGAAAUUAGGGAAUUAUUUCCCCUUUAUUUUUCGUGCUUAAAACAAAAACAGGAAAAUAAAGCCGAUUGAACGUCCCUGCCUCUCAAUUUGCACCUUAAUAGGGCAUCUGCAUUCCAUUAACAUCCAUAAAGUGGAACCGCUAGAGCAGAAUUUUUGCACUUCCAUCAGAAACAAGGAGAAUGAUCAGACUUUCCAUUUCUCGGCUGAUUUGUGGCGAUCGUGUGCGUCUGUCCCUUGUGCCUGCAUCGCUUUGACAACCAUGCCAUGCAUAUCCAGGUAGUGAUAAUGAGAGCUGCUGUCAUGGCGAUCUAUGACUAACAGCAGUUUCACGCUGUGUUAAAUCAGGACUUCUGCCUUGUCCGGUCUGCCCCCGGAGGCCGCACCUACCGUCACUAUCUGAUAACCAGGCCUCCAUAUCCCACGAAUUAGGACAUAAAAAAAGAGAUGAUUAUCAUAUGCCGACAAAUGCAGAUAUUUUUACUUCAUGUGUCACCCUCAGCAUGGCACAAAUAAUCCACCAGCCCUUGAUGUUUUACUGCAGUGAUUCAGUGUGACACCUGCCAAUUGUGCUGCUGUGAACUCGGUGAACUGGUUAAAUAUACAUCAUGCUAUAUUGAAGGCUUCACACCGUUUCACUGACCUACAGGUGGUUCUUGUGUAUCAAGUGAUACGGGGAGGGGAGAAGAAAACUACCAGCUACUUAAAUUGGAAGAAAAAAACAAUUGGAUAUUUUUUGCAUGUGUUUUAUGUCACAGUUAUCAGACCUCUCAGGCUGCUGUCCUGCUAGUUUUCUAUUUCCUUCAGUACAGCAGCCUAUAUUGAUUUUCAAGUGUCUUUGUAAGUUUUAAAACGACUUGUAUGUCUAGAUUUAACACAUUCUGAAUCUGAGUAAUGUUAUCCUUUUUAAAUAUGGUCAUACAUUAUAUAUGUAGUCACAUAGUCUAUAUGAACUUUACAUGAAAUACAGUUAAACUCAGGGCUGGGCGAUAAAUCGAAAACUUACCAAUACCGAAAUUUACGACAAUAACCAACGUCAUUUUGCCUAUAUCGGAAAAUUCUGUGUUAAAAAAUAAAAAUGUAUAAAUGUUGGUUUUUGGUUGUGUGUAGGUAGGCUAUGGUCUCAUGUCCCUUUAAAACGCUGUCCUACAUUGGAGACGUGACUCCACCCCAUCCAGUCUGUAACAAAGAGGGAAAGUCAGGUGAGGAGAUGGAGGACGGUUCAAAAGUUGUAGCGACUGGAGCGGCAGCUGAAGUAGAAGAAGUUAAUGUGGGAGGGGGUGAGCAGCUUGUGGAGUAGUUAUCAUCAAUUUAUCGUUAUCGAGGUGAACAGGUGAAAUUAUCCACUUCCCUGUAGUAUUGGGCAGUUUUUCAUGUUUCAAUCCAUUCACAGAGAAAUGUACUUCCUUGUAAUGGACUAUCAUCCAUCGAUUUACAGAUCCACAGAUUUCUGUUACAUUCAGUAUAUAAGAACAUAAUGGCCACUAAGCACAGAUGUCCUUUACAUUAGAAUGGACGUCAAACUGUGCAGCCAUUAGGGGGUGCCAUGCAGUGUUUCAUCAGCUAAAAUUAAAGCUACAUCGGAGAAAAAAGAGAAGUUUCUGAUGAGACACACACUUAAGGUGAAAGGAGUAUUCAUUGUGUGAAGAAAAAGGCAAACCUUGUAUUUAUGUUUUUGGUUUCGAACUCGCAAAAUCUGUCUUCCAAAAGUCACUCCACUUUCCACAGAACUGUUAGCUUAAAUGCUUGACACUGCCCCCUCUGGUUUUCAGUAGUAUUGCAACAUUUGUUCUGUGACCAUAAGUGUCCAGAAAUUAUGCAUGCGGAGUACAGGCAGAAGGUUUAUUCUGUAUCAGUAAGUGCAUCAGAUGUUGGGCAUAAAUGAGUCUUGAAUCAUAAAGUUGUCUAUCAUCAAUAAGGAAAGCAAAUUAUGAGGGUUGAUAUGCUUUAAUUUUACAAUGUCAUCUAAAAAUGUGUCUGUUUAUCAAUUAUCAGAAUACUAGCAGAUUAUUUUGGUUUCAGCAACUAACUGACUGAUGGAUCCACCUCAAUAGCUGCUGUCCUAAACAUCAUAUCAUCAUAUCUGGAGACAAACUGUUUUGUCUGAGCCCUGCUGCUGUUAACAACUGUAUUGUAUUACACCCAGAGGAGACAAGCAGAUGUCCCACAGAAGAGCUGCUGGAGCUCUGUGCAGGCAGUCAGUCCUCAGGGGGGUGCAGUCAACAGGAAGCAGCUCCAGAUGGGACAUCCCGUGUCAUAAAUAUUGUGUGAAUUGUACUGGCUGUAAUGACACAUGCCUUCUUCUGCUACGCUUCUAA